AUGUACCGCCGGCCCAACCUGAAGGAGGCACGUCUCAAAGAAGCGCUAGAAUCAGUAUGGCCCGACUAUGCCAUCACUGGUCGGAAACCCGAGCCGUUCCCACUCCCCACAUUUCCCAUCAUCUCCCUCGACGCUCUUUAUCCUGUGCACCCCGAAAUCCUAGACAUCUUGUUCUUCUCCUCACCCAAAACGUAUAUGCUGCUGUCAAAAAAGCAUUACGCGAGGGUCAUACCUCUUUUUUGGCGACUUGUUGUCCUCACAGAGGCGCUGAUCAACGCCAUCAAAAGGAAAGACUCGAGAGUGCUGAAUCAUUUGCAGCACAUGGUGUCUGUCCGCAUCGGCUCGCUCGAGUCAAUCAACGCUUUGGAGUCAAUGUCUUCUCGUCUGUCGAAUGGGGAUGUGUUCAGAAAGGUUACUCAGGUGGAAUUUACGGCCACGACGUUCAAGCGCUGUUGGACUUCGGGUCCAUUGCUGCAGAUCGAUGUGGGCAGUAUCGAAGACUGUCUCGGGGAUAAUCUCGAAGAACUCAUUAUCCGUAUCAGCCGCGUACCCAGUAAGAAGUUUACCCUAUAUCAAGCUGCCUUCACACAGCUCCUCGGCAGCUUGCCCCCCCUUGUCACCAUGAUCCUCUCCCUCCCCAACCCUCAUGCGCCAUCUUGGGUAGACUUUCUAGAGCGAUUCCCCGAGCUACUUCGUCACUGGACUUUGCCCCAGUGCUUGCGUAUCGUGUUCAAGAUACCCGAGCAGAUGACUUCCUUGGUGAAAGUCGGGGUGGAGAACGCCAUCGUAAAGCAUAUCCGGACCAGGGCGAUUGACACAGCCCGGGAGCCUACUGGAGGAGCUGGUGGGAAAAGGGUGGAAUAUCAUUUCAGUGGUGCCGAGGAGAUGGAAUCCAGAAUCAGCGCAAAAUUCGCUGGAAACUCCAUCCUCAACCAGCAGAUUCUCAAAGACUUUGAGCAGAAGAAGUAUCGACUAGUGGAAUUGCCUCUCCACGCGUUUUCUUACAAAAAGGAUGGAACCGACAUGGCAGAACGCGAAUGA